UCCCUGUGCUUCUUUUGCAGGGAUAGCUGAGAAUGGAGGAGGAUGCCGGUGACAGGAGCUGGCGUGAUUCUUUGUGUUUCAUGAGCGAUCACAUUGGCUUCUGCGGCAGCAUCAGAAGCUCUCCAAGUGACUUCGUGGUUACCGAGCUUGACGAACAGGGAAGGUUGGUCACUAAGCCCCUUGAUGAACUUACCAGCAAGAGCCACGUUGUUGAGCCAGACAAUUUGGCCAAAAGGCCAAAACUGGAUCUUCAAAACGUGUCCGGUGAUGAAGGUAGUAGCCAGGGGGCUAAUGCUGCGGCCAGGUGCCCCGAUGCGGACCCCCGUGGUUCAGACAGGUCGCCUGGCGACCAGGAAGGUCCCCUCAGUGGUAGGACCUGCAAGACUGAAGAAGAUGCAGCGGACGUGAUAAGCUCGUUUUUAGAUGAAAAAACAAAUGAGCAGCUGAGUGAGUUUGCCCUUGAAUUGAAAGAGAAGUGGAAUUCAGGGACUGAGCUGGUUGAAUCAUCUCCUGAAUUUCCCUUGGCCAAAACUUGUAACAAAAACCAGAGGGCUGCUUUACAUACGGCUGUGAGACAAAAAUUUCCUUUUUUAAUAACUUUAAUAAAAGACAGUGCAAUUGUUGUAAAACCAAAUCUUAGGUAUAAAGAACUCUGUCACUUGGUGUCCGAAGAAGAAGCAGCUGGCUUUUUUACAUAUUUGAAUGCAAAAGAAGAAAAUUCCACCUUUUCUUUUAAGCCUGAUACGAACAAAGAACGCAGAAGAGCUGUCCACCUUUUUGUCCACAAAAGAUUUGGGGGCCUCGUGGAGUCCAAGUCUUUCCCUGAGCUGGGUGGCAGUGCCAGAGACCCGAAGGUGGUGGUGACAGUGAGAUUUCGGGACAGAGCGCACAAGGCCAGGAAGGGGUCCCUCGGCCAGUGGGCAGAGGUCGCGCACACAGCUUUUACCCUCCGAAAGGAAAAUGUGGAAAUGUUUGAAGCAAUUGAUUUUCUAGCUGCCAAACUUGGUGUGACUCCUGCAGAUUUCAGCUAUGCAGGCCUGAAGGACAAGAAGGCCGUCACCUACCAAGCCAUGGUGGUUAGGAAAGUGACCCCGGAGAGGUUUAAAGAUAUUGAGAAAAUCGUCGAGAAUAAGAGAAUGAAUGUGUUUAACGUGCGGCCUGCGAGCGAGGCCCUGAGGCUCGGCCAGCUGCAAGGAAACCACUUUGACAUUGUGGUCAGGGAUGUAAGAAGUCAGCCCGGCGACUCUGCACCCGUGGCCGAGAGGGUCCUGGAGGCCAUCGAAACUGUGAAGAAUAAAGGCUUUGUGAAUUACUAUGGACCUCAAAGAUUUGGGAAGGGAAAGAAAGUUCAUACGGACCAAAUUGGAUUGGCCUUGCUGAAGAAUGAGAUGGUGAAGUCUGUAAAAUUAUUUUUGACACCAGAAGAUGUGGAUGAUCCUGUAAAUAGAGCAAAGAGAUAUUUUCUUGAAACUGAGGAUGCCAAAGGCACGCUCGCAAUGAUGCCUGAGUUCAAAGUUCGAGAGAGAGCCCUGCUGGAGUCCCUGCGUCGCUUCGGCCUGACGGAGGAGGGCUGUAAAGAUGUGUGGUUCUGUUUGCCCUACGCCAUGCGCAUGUUCUACGUCCAUGCCUACAGCAGCCAAGUCUGGAAUGAGGCUGUGUCUUACAGGCUCGGGGCCUACGGAAGCAGAGUGGUGGCAGGCGACCUGGUGCGCGUGGGCCACGCUCCUGACGAGAGGGAGCAAUCCGACACCAGCGUGCGUAUUGUGGGAGGCAGAGACACUUUGAACACACUGGUUAUUUUCUUUUAUUUGCGUUUCCUCAUCACUGUCUUCUACUUUGCUGCCAGAUGAGGCUUAGUGCUUACCGGUAAAUGGUAAAAUAAGACUGCUGUGGAGUGAGGGGCCGUAAAGCUUCCUUUAAAGACAAUAGUGCAAGUCAUGCCCCCGAGGGUCCCUCUGAAAGUACUACCCCGGCUGUUGUCCUGACUUCACAGCAGGGGCUCUUCCAGAGCAGCAGUCUGGUUUGGCCAUGUCUUGCUAGAAUUUUCUGGAUACUUUCAUUAAAGUCUGUGCCACCAGAAAUCGUAUUCUGUUAACAUCGAGAAGAAAAAAGUAGGAAUUGGAGGCUUAAAGCUCAAACUCUGAAAAGGCAGGAAAAAUAGGUUUUUAUAGUAAUGAUAUAUGGGGCAUGUAAUGUGUGUAUUUU